AUGGCCGCCCCCGCCGCUGGCCCUGGUGCGCCCCUGUCCCUGGACGAAUUGCUUCUGAAAGGCGAUGCUGAGAAGACUGAGGAGGAGCUGGAAGAGGAAGACGACGAGGAGCUAGAUGAAACCCUGUCGGAGAGACCAUGGGGUCUGAUGGAAAUGUUUCCCGAGAAGGUCCUCUCCCUCUUUGUGACUCAGAAAAUGUACAGGUUUUCCAGGGCAGCCUUAUGGAUUGGGACUACUUCCUUCACGAUCCUGGUUGGUUCUAUUGUCUUUGAGACUGAGAAGUUGCAAAUGGGGCAACAGCAGCAACUGCAGCAACGGCAGAUGCUUCUAGGUCCCAACACAGAGUUGUUAGCAGGAAUGCCAGAGGCUCUACCUUCACUUCCUGGAAAGAUAAUAGUUACUUCUAUACUUGAUCCAUCUUGGUCGGAGAAGUUUGAAGAUUUGAUAGUAUGUGAAAAACCCCUGACUCGAUUGCAUGUCACUUACGAAGGUACCAUAGAAAGAAAUGGUCAAGGCAUGCUACAGGUGGAUUUUGCAAACCGCUUUGUUGGAGGUGGUGUAACCAGUGCAGGACUUGUGCAAGAAGAAAUCCGCUUUUUAAUCAACCCUGAGUUGAUUGUUUCAAGGCUCUUCACUGAAGUUCUGGACCACAGUGAAUGUCUUAUCAUCACAGGUUAG